AUUUGGCUAUCGCACCAUACCAUCCCUUCUGAACAGUGGGUACUUGAUAGACGUAACUGCUUCAUUGGAAAAUAAACUUCGCGUCGCCACUGCCCACAAUACUUUUGGGCCCUAACAUAACAAAACGUAAUUAUUACUAAGUAACGUUGACGGAAUGACGAUGAAUCAAACUGCAAUGGUUGUGUGCAUUCUUUGUUCAACAUUUUUGUUAACAAUACUGGAUGGUACAAUUGCAUCAGAUAAAUUCUUCCAAACCGGUGGCCGUUUCGGUAAAAGAUACAACGAACAUAUAUUAGGUACGAAAAAUGUUCGUUUUACUGAUAUGAUGAACACCCAAUCAGUGGACAACAUGCCACCUAGGAUAGAGAGAGGUUUUUAUAUAUCGAGGUACGGCAAACGAAUUACCAACCCAACUACAGGCCCUAAUUUCAACCCUUGUUUACCGUCCUACGAUAUGCAUUGUGAUUUCACGGGUCUACCUAAUCUAUUUCGUUGCAAAAGGGCCCGUCCCGUGGAUUGCUCGACUAAGAAUUAUGCCGAUGAGAAAACUCAUUUGAAGGCCGAUAACGAUUUGUUCGUAAACAAUUAUUAGUCACUUUCCGGAACAGCCCAGAUCAAAUAUUACUAUAUACACGUUUAAUUGUUGAUCUGAAUACUAUUAUUAGUGUUUUAAGCAAUUGUAAUAAAAUUGUUUUGUGAGUCGAUAUGAUUUCAUUUUGCUAGAAUAUUCUAUAUUGUAUUCAUUGAAUUCGCCGAGCCUUUCUGGUCUUGUAAUCGAUAAAACCACAUAAGGAUACAAAAUAAAAUAAUCACAAUUAAUGUAAGUAAACAAAAAAUGUGUCUCUUGUAUCACAAUCGUGCGCUAACUGUAAUACGCCAUAAACUUUUAGCGAAAAACGUAAUAAUGGUUAGCACUUAUCACUAUAAAAAACAAAUACUCGUAUAUAUAUAUAAAUAUAACUUAAAUUAUAUUGUAUUGGAUAAUUUAUGAUUGUUCUGAAAUCUAGGUCUGCAUUCCUUGCCAUUCAAAUAAAAUUUCACAGGAUUACCCAUAUUAAAAUAUUCUAUAAUAUAUCAUAUUAUAUCAUUUAAUUUUGUAAAUAUAUUUCAAACGAUCAAAAUUCGUAAUUUUUAAAACGUGCAUUAUUAAUUUGUAGCAUACGAUUGAUACGAUUGAUACGUAGACACGAACAUCAAAACGUUUCGUAACAUCAAGGUUUGAUAAUACAUUUUAAAAUAAGUGUACAUUGUCAUUUUUAAUUUGAUAUUAAAUAAAAACUUUAAUGAACAAAUAAAAUAUUUGUAGUUUAUUAUGAAUACAACGCAAAUGGAUUAAUUUAACAGUGUACGAGUAAACAAAGCAGUAAAUAUCAUUACAUCAAAAUAUCACAGAACUUAUUAUAAUCGGAAAAGUUAAAAAAUAAAAAAUGGCAGCCCAAUCAAUUAUUAACCGAAACAUAGUUUUUGUUCCUCCUAUGGAAUACUAUCGAAAAUCAUUAAUGGAGAGAGUCGACGUGGAACGUAAAUGUCAAUGAUAGUAUAAGUAUUAUAUUUCGCAAAAUUUUUCAUACAGAUCUUGCUGGAAAUAUGUCAUUAUAAAAACCACUGAUGCAUUCUCAUCACUCCGGUCAAAAUCUUUAUUAUUGCUCUAAACAUUUAUACCCCACAUGUAUUAUUUGAAUGCUCGUUACAAAACAAGUUCUAG